AUGGAAAGCGCCAAGCUCAAUUUGUCAUCUUUGAGAGAUAAGAUCUCGUCCAAGCUAACACUGGACACGUCCAAGAAGGGGAAAUCCGACCGAAAAAAUAAAAAGUCGAAACCGAAGGACGAACUUAAAAACGGUAAAGACGCGAACAAAGAGAAUAAGAAAUCAACUCAGAAAAUGGACGAAGCCGACGAAAACGAAGACGACGUUUUGACUCGCGAGGCGCUUGCGCUUGGUGCCACCAAAGAAGAUUUAGCAUUGGUGAAAGGUUUGAAUGAUGACCAGAGCGAUGAGGAGUUUGAAGAUGAGGGAUCUGAUAAGAAACUCAACGCAGAAGUAGCACAGUUCAUGAAAGGUCUAGGAUUGUCCGGCGAAUUGCAAGUUGUCGAGGAUGAUGAAGUCGAGGAGGAAAUUCCUGACUUGGUAGAAGAGAAUGACGCUGCGGGUUCCGAGUCGUCAGAAGAGGAUGCCUCAGAGGAGGAGCCUGCGGCAUCAAAACCCAGUGAAGACGCCAAGCCAGCUCAACCAGAAGCAGAGGUUGCCGAACUUAUCAAACCAAAAAGUUACAGAGUUGACGAUGUGAGGUCGGUCAAGAGUGAUAAACUUAAGCUCGAGAACAGAGUCGAUUGGUACAACGUCGAGGUUGAAGACGAGGACCCAGAGAAACUAGAUAGGUUCGCUCUCGAGAGGCUCACAGAGAAGGCCCAGAACAUUAUCGAGGCCGAGAAUAAGUUAUACUUGCAAGAGUUUUCGUCGGACAGCUCUCAAAAAAAGUUUUUGUCUCAAAUUCUUGCAGACGGUACCUUAAACGAUAAGAUUUCAGCAUUAACGUUGUUGGUUCAAGAGUCUCCGGUUCAUAACAUCAAGGCUUUCGAAACUCUUCUCAAUUAUUGCGAAAAGAAGUCUAGAAAUGCUGCAUUGCAAGCAGUGAAUGCCAUGAAGGAUUUAUUCAUCAACAGUCUUCUUCCCGACAGAAAACUUCUUGCAUUUAACAAAUCAGCCAUCACUCAAAGGUCUAGCGAACAAAAGUUAGCAUUAGCAUACUACGAAGACUUUCUUAAAAAAAGCUACUUCAAGUUCAUUCAAGCUCUUGAGUACUUGAGUCACGAUCCUAUUUUGCAUGUCCGUAUGACAGUUGUUUCCCACAUUUUCGACUUAUUAAAAGCUAAGCCAGAACAAGAAGUUAACUUGUUAAGGCUUGGUGUGAACAAAUUGGGUGAUAUUGACAACAAGGUCGCAGCCAAAACUUCCUAUCAAAUUCUUCAAUUAGAACAAGCUCAUCCCGCAAUGAAAAAGGUAAUUAUUGAUGCUGUCACUGACAUGGUUAUGCAAAAACAAGGCGACUAUCACUCAAAAUAUUACACUAUCCUAACUCUCAAUCAAACCAUCCUUUCCAAGAAGGAGGUUGAGCUUGCGGACUCUCUAGUCAAGACAUACUUCUCGUUGUUUGAGAAGCUUUUGGUUGAAUCAGAUCCAGCACUCAAAGAUUCCAAGCAAGACAAGGUUCUUGGUGAGAGUGAGAAGGGGAGAAAGAAUAACAGGAAGCAGUUCAAAAAAGGGAAGAAGGGUGGCAAGUCUGUCAAAGUUGAACAGAAAACCGAACAGGAGGUCGUCGAGGAGAGGUCAUCGAAAAUGUUUUCGGCCAUCCUCACAGGUUUGAAUCGUGCGUUGCCAUUUUCCGAACUCCCGUCUGAGAUAUACACAAGGCACAUGGAGACCCUCUUCAAGAUCACCCAUUCUACUAAUUUCAACACCUCUGUUCAGGCGUUGGUGUUGGUUUACAAUAUUGUCAGUGAGCAGGGCCUAGACUCUGACCGUUACUACAGGACGUUGUACGAGUCAUUGAUGGAUCCAAGAUUGGUGAACUCAUCCAAGCAGGGUGUGUAUUUGAACUUGUUGUUCAAGUCUCUUAAACACGACAUAAACAACAUGCCAAGAAUUCUUGCAUUUGUGAAGAGAAUCUUGCAAGUUGCCUCACAUUGGCUUAACGUGGCUGUUAUCACCGGAAUGAUGUUCUUGUUGAUGGAGUUGAGCAAGACUUACCCACAGAUUGUGGAGCUUAUGGAAGCAUACGAUGACAGGCCCGGGUUUGCCACCAAUGAGAUUAAAGAUGAACCUAAAAUGUCCAAGGAUACCGAAGAAUACGACCCCAAGAAGAGAAACCCAUCCUACGCACACGCCGAAAACUCAUGUCUCUGGGAGAUGAAUAACUUCACACUGCAUUUCCAUCCUACUGUUGCCAUAUAUGCUGACUCAUUUCUCACUGGAAAACCGCAACCAAAGCCUGAUUUGGGUCUCUAUACUUUAGCACACUUCUUGGAUAGAUUCGUCUACAAAAAUGCCAAAGCGAAGGCUACCACCAAAGGUUCAUCCAUUAUGCAGCCCUUGGGAGGUGCCCAUACUGGUUCACUUUUGGUCAAGGCAACGAAUACAGGGUCCAGUGAAGUACCAGUCAACACGAUGAACUGGUUAGCACAAAAAGCAGAGGAUGUUCGCCCCGACGAGAGAUUUUUCCAUCAGUACUUCAGCACAAAUGCAAAGAAAAUCAGAAAUAAAAAGGCCAGCGCUGCUGAAAGCGACGAUGAGAAAGAAGACAUGGAUGAUGAUGAAGUCUGGGAAGCCUUGGUUAACUCCAAGCCAGAGGUCGAGGGUGACGACCUCUCCGACGAGGAUAUACUUUCGGAUCUUGAUAACGAGGAUUUCAGUGAUUCGGACAAUGAAGAUGAGGAAGAGGUGGACCCAGAAACUCUUGCAGAGACAUUUGGAGACGAUGACUUAUCCGAGGGAGAUAUGCCAGAAAUUGACGAGGCGGCCUUCGAAACGAACAAAGCAAGUGAUGGAGAUGAAGAAGAAUCUGGCAGCAAUGUCACCGAAGGAGAAGAAGAUGCAGAUGCAUUUGACGACGAAGAAGGGCCAGGCAUGUUCGGUGUUGAUGAAGACGAUGAGUACGACAGCGACGAGCUUGUAGAGUCUAGGAAGAAGAGGGCACACGCAGAAGAGAAACCAGACAAGAAGACGAAGAAGAAGGCGAAGCUUCUGAGCUUGCCAACGUUUGCAGACGCCAGCGACUACGCAAAGUACUUGGACUCAGACGGCGAGUGA